ACAGUGUUGUUGCGGAAGUGCUCUGAGAAACCACCGCACCAUUCACACCACUGUUCAUGUGAGCUGUGUUUCACUGCCCUCACUCAACCUCCGUCUGUAUUUCUUUCAUUUACGACAUAAAAGACAACAUGUCCGCUUUAAAGUACGCAGGUAUGGACGACACGGACAGCGAGGACGAGUUACCCCCGGGAUGGGAGGAGAGGUCCACUAAAGACGGAUGGGUUUACUAUGCCAAUCAUGAUGAAAUGAAGACCCAAUGGGAGCACCCCAAGACUGGAAAGAAAAAGCGUUGUGCUGGAGAUCUACCUUAUGGCUGGGAGCAAGAAACUAAUGAAAAGGGGCAGAUUAUUUAUGUGGAUCACAUCAACAAGAGAAGCACAUUCUUUGACCCACGGCAGGCCUUUACAGUGGAGGAUGUGGUAGUGAAGCCCAAACGCUACGAUGGAAACUCGUCUGCACUGGAGAUCCUACAAGGGCGGGACCUCUCUGACAAAGUGGUCCUCAUCACCGGGGCCAACUCAGGCAUUGGCUUUGAGACGGCCAGGUCCUUCGCUCUGCAUGGGGCCCAUGUGAUCCUCGCGUGUCGAAACCUGACGCGGGGAAACAAGGCAGCCAGCCUCAUCCAGGACGAGUGGCAUAAAGCCCGAGUGGAGACCAUGAUGUGUGACCUGGCCUCUCUGCGCAGUGUCCGCGAGUUCGCCCAAGCAUUCAAGGCCAAAAAACUGCCCCUGCACAUUCUGGUGUGUAACGCAGCUGUGUGCACCCAGCCCUGGAGCCUGACAGAGGAUGGUCUGGAGAGCACCUUCCAGAUCUGCCACCUGGGCCACUUCCUCCUGGUGCAGUGCCUGGAGGAUGUGCUUCGGCGCUCUGCUCCGGCCCGCGUGGUCGUCGUGUCAUCAGAGUCACACAGGUUCACUGGUCUGCUCGACUCCUGCGGUAAAGUCGAUCUGGCCCUGCUCUCACCACCAAAGAAGGACUACUGGUCCAUGCUGGCCUACAACCGAGCCAAACUGUGCAACAUCCUGUUCAGUAAUGAGCUCCACCGCCGCCUGUCCCCCCACGGAGUCACCUGUAACGCACUGCACCCUGGGAACGUCAUGUACACGGCCAUCCACAGGAGCUGGUGGCUUAUGACCUUCCUGUUCACACUGGCCCGGCCCUUCACCAAGUGUAUGCAACAGGGAGCAGCCACCACCGUGUACUGCGCAGUGGCCCCGGAGCUGGAGGGCCUGGGGGGUAUGUACUUCAACAACUGCUUCCGGUGCCUACCCUCUCUCCAGGCCCAGGACGACGGGAGUGCGGCCAGCCUAUGGGAGCUGAGCGAGAGGCUGGUGUCGGAGCGGUGCGGGGGGGUGCAGGCUCUGUGAGGGGACCAUAAGGCUAAACUAAAGACUGGGGGAAGUCUAUGUGUGGAUGGGUAACACUCUAUAAUACAAGGCGUCUACAAAGGAGGUGGUACUUUACAGUGGAGGGGAUAGAAUGUUAGUACCAAAUCAGGGGAGGUAUUUUGUAACUUUCAGUCUUUUCAUUCCUAUUAAGUUGUAUUUAAAGCAACACUACUUAACUUUUAUAGACAUGUAAACUCAUUCACAUAUUUUAAGCUAUGUUCUAAAAAUUUUAACUUGAAGCCUGCAAAAUUAAUUUAUAUUUGGAUUAUAUUAAAACAUGAAAAUUAUGCUUGGGAAGAAUAUAUUUGGCGACGUGCUUUAAAACUGAGGCUUAUAACUUUCCUUUAAAAUACAGGACUAAUUUAUGUUUUAAUUACUACAGCUAAAAUACCCUAUUGUUAGCAAUCCCUGACACGCUAACAUGACAUUAGCAUAGAAUCCAGCUGUAUCUAAUUAAGCUACUGACCCUUUUAUGUCUGGGAAUUUUAAAAUGAAUUAAUUAAACUUAACAUCUCAGUUACAUAGUGUUGCUUUAAAUAAAUGAUUUGUCCAGCUAACAUAUGCAUCUGAUUUAGUGCACUGUAUAUGAUGUGUUCCCUUAGCGAUAGCCUACUUUGCUAAUUUCUUCAAUACUGAAAAAUGCUUGGGCCAUAUUUUGCAAAAUUAUUCUCAGCACAUAAUAAAUAAAGAUUACUAAUGGUGGAUAUAGAAACACUAAAGGUAUGAUUUUUAAGUCUAUGUACAGAAUUCUGCAAUAUGUUGAACAACUCUUUGCAAGGUCCCUAUGUCUUCUCUGUACAAUAUUUACAAAAUCACACAGGGGCGUGGACAUCAGUUUGUGUUUGUUAUGUUUCUAUGGAUUCAUUUACACUUGAAGUAAGAGGUAAGAGUGUCCAUUUUGACAGAUGUAGAGGAAUCCGUGGUCAGUCCAUUGUUAGUGGUAUGAGUGUGAAGGUUGGGUCUCCCUGACGCUUGCAGUGGGAUUGUGCUUUGUGGCAGUCCGGGUGCCGCGGGUGGAGGUUCUGGUGAAAUCUGUGGAGACACAAAUGGAGAAUUGUUUAAUAAAAAUAUUUUGCAC